GGGGCCGCGGAGCCGUCCCUGCGCCUUUCGGCCCGCGCGGCGCACCGUAGCAGGCAGCCUGCGGCCGGCGGCGCGCGGGGAACGGAGCGGGGAGCGCGGCGGUUGCCAGGGUGCCGCCGCCAUGGCUCUGGGCGAGGCGGACGCGUUGGGCCCCGAGGCGGAGGAGAGCAGGGCCCAGGAGCUGGACGUGAUCGCCCGCGGGAGCGCCCUGGAGAGCUUCACGGAGAGCCAGGAGGUGCGGGGGCUCGUCGGGGGCCUGGCGGCCGUGUGCGGGGACCGGACGGCUCGGGAAACGGCCGUGGAGAAGUUCAUAGUUAUCAUGGACAAGUACCAGGAGCAGCCUCACUUGUUGGAUUGCCACUUAGAAUGGAUGAUGAAUUUGUUGCUGGAUAUAAUACGGGAUAGUGCAUCUCCUUCUGAGCUAUUUCAUCUGGCUUUUAAAUUUCUUUACAUCAUUACAAAGGUGAGAGGAUACAAACGUUUCCUCCGAUUGUUUCCUCAUGAAGUUGGUGAUUUACAGCCUGUUUUGGAUAUGCUUGUGGACCAGAAUCCAAAAGACUGCGAGACUUGGGAAACUCGUUACAUGCUUUUAUUAUGGCUCUCCAUGAUAUGCUUGAUUCCUUUUGAUCUGGCCCGGUUUGAUGGAAAUACUGCUUCUGAAGAGCACACUCGCAUGCCAACAAUGGAUCGCAUACUUAAAGUAGCAAAAUGUUACUUGGUUGUCAGCGAUAAGGCUCGAGAUGCAGCUGCUGUACUGGUUUCAAAAUUUAUUGUUCGCCCUGAUGUCAGGCAAAAAAGGAUGGCAGAUUUUCUGGACUGGACUCUUUCAAUGUUAUCUAAAUCCUCCUUUCAGACUAUGGAGGGGACUGUUGUUACGAAUGGCAUGCUGCAGGCUCUGGCACAGUUAUUUAAACAUGGCAAAAGAGAAGACUGUUUACCUUAUGCUGCUACUGUACUUGAGUGUCUUGAUAACUGCAAGCUAUCAGAAAGUAAUCAGAUGGUUCUUCGCAAGCUAGGGAUGAAACUUGUUCAACGACUUGGACUGACAUUUGUGAAACCAAAGGUAGCGAAGUGGAGGUAUCAGCGUGGCUGUCGGUCUCUGGCUGCCAAUCUGCAAGCUAAGGGUUCAGUUACGCAGAGUCAAAUGAUAAAUGUUGCUGCUAAUGAAGCUGAGGAUGAAGAGGCAUAUGACAUUCCAGGAGAGAUUGAAAACGUUGUAGAGCAAUUGUUGGUUGGACUGAAAGACAAAGAUACUAUUGUCAGGUGGUCUGCAGCAAAAGGAAUUGGUAGAAUAACUGGAAGACUUCCAAAAGAAUUAGCAGAUGAUGUGGUUGGGUCUCUGUUGGAUUGUUUUAGUUUUCAGGAAACAGACAAUGCAUGGCAUGGUGGAUGCCUGGCUCUGGCUGAAUUAGGCAGAAGAGGAUUGUUACUCCCUUCCCGGAUCUCAGAUGUGGUUCCUGUCAUUUUGAAAGCUCUGACGUAUGAUGAGAAGAGGGGAUCAUGCAGCGUGGGUUCCAAUGUGAGAGAUGCAGCAUGCUAUGUGUGCUGGGCCUUUGCUCGUGCUUAUGAUCCCUCAGAACUGAUUCCGUUUAUUAACCAGAUUUCAAGUGCGUUGGUUAUUGCUGCAGUAUUUGAUCGUGAUGUUAAUUGCAGAAGAGCUGCUUCUGCUGCCUUCCAGGAGAAUGUUGGGAGACAGGGCACUUUUCCGCAUGGCAUAGACAUUUUAACUGCAGCUGAUUAUUUUGCUGUUGGUAACAGAGUUAACUGUUAUCUGACUAUCAGUGUGUAUAUUGCUGGUUUUCCUGAGUAUACACAACCAAUGAUCGAUCAUUUAGUUAACAUGAAGAUUAACCACUGGGAUAGUGUUAUUCGAGAACUUUCAACUAAGGCUCUGCAUAACCUUACUCCACGGGCUCCUGAAUACAUGGCAAAUGUGGUUUUGCCAAGACUGCUACCUUUAUCAGUGGGCACAGAUCUGCACACACGCCAUGGGGCAAUUCUUGCCUGUGCUGAGAUCACCCAUGCACUGUGUAAACUAGCAGAAGAGAAUAAUAGAUCUGUAACAUACUAUUUCAAUGAAAAAUCAUUGGAGGGACUGAAGCAAAUCCAUCAAGAGCUUUGCAGUCGACAGUUGUACAGGGGUUUAGGUGGAGAACUGAUGAGACCAGCUGUCUGCACUUUAAUUGAAAAGUUGUCACUAUCAAAAAUGCCAUUUAGAGGAGAUCCAAUAAUUGGGGGCUGGCAGUGGUUAAUAAAUGACAGUCUAAGAAGUCUCCCUCUUGUUUCAAGCACUGCACGACAGCAUAUAAAGGGAUCUGCAGUCUCUGCACUGGCAGCAUUGUGUAAUGAGUAUUACAUCAAUGAAAAGGGAGAAGCUGAUCCAGCUCUACAGGAUGAGCUGGUGACACGGUACAUUUCAGGACUACAAAACACUGAGGAAAUGAUUCGUUGUGGCUUUUCACUAGCUCUUGGGGCCCUUCCAAGAUUUCUGCUAAAGGGCAGGCUCCAACAGGUUUUGGAAGGUUUGAAAAAAGCUACCAUAAUUUCCCCUCAAGAUGUGAGCUUUGCACAAUCCAGAAGAGAUGCCCUAAUAGCAAUUGCAAAGGUUUGCCAGACAGUAGGCGUAAAGGGAGAAGGAUCUCAGGAAGAAUAUGUCUGCAAAGACAAUGUUACUCAGAUUUAUGCUACGCUACUUAAUGGUGUGACUGACUACACCACAGACAGCCGAGGAGAUGUUGGAGGAUGGGUACGUAAAGCUGCUAUGACAAGUUUAAUGGAAGUGACGCUUUUGCUGGUUCAGAAUGAAGCAGAGUUAAUUAAUGCCAACAUUUGCAAACAGAUUAUGUGCUGGCUGGCCCAACAAGCAGCUGAGAAAAUUGAUAAAUUUCGAGCUCAUGCAGGAUCUGUGUUCCUUACUCUUUUACAUUUUGACCGUCCUCCAGUUCCACACAUACCUCAUCGAGAAGAGCUAGAGAGGAUAUUUCCAAGGUCAGAGACAGAAACUCUAAACUGGAAUGCCUCAUCAGAAGCUUUCCCUCGAAUCACCCAGCUUUUGGGUUUGCCAACAUAUCAAUACUAUGUGCUUUUGGGUCUUUCAGUGUCUGUUGGUGGAUUAACGGAGACAACGCUCAGGUACUCUGCCCAGAGCCUUUUCGAGUACAUGAAGAAAAUCCAGAAUGAUUCCAGUGAUAUGGAGAGUUUUUGUGAAACAUUACUCAAGGUCUUUGAGGACAACCUGCGGAAUGACCGGGUGUCUGUACCUCUCCUGACAAUGCUGGACCAAAUGCUGGCAAACGGCUGUUUCGAUAUAUUUACCAUGCAAGGGAACCAUCCAUUUCCAGUGAAGCUAUUUACCCUUUGUAAAGAAGAGAUCAAAAGAUCCAAAGACAUCCGGAAACUUCGCUCCAGCAUAGGAGUGUUUUGUGGCCUGAUUCAAUUUGAAGGAGACAUGAGAGAGAAAGUUCUGUUUCAAUUGUUUCUCCUCCUUUGCCAUCCGUUUCCUGUAAUACGGAAAACAACAGCCAGUCAGGUUUAUGAAAUGUUGAUAACCUACAGUGAUAUAGUGGAUCCUGCCAUUAUGGAUGAGGUUAUGACCAUACUCAGUGAUACCAACUGGGAAGCUGAACUAACAGUAGUAAGAGAGAAACGUAACCACCUCUGUGAUCUCAUGAAAGUGCCCAAACCACAGCUAGUAUCCAAGAGUUCAGCACAAUAAAGUUGCAGGCACUGACUGCUGCUUUGCAAACUGAAGCUCUUGGUUCAGGUGCCCUUAGGACUGAAAGAGUUUGUGCUGCGGCAUCUUGACAAACUGGAUUCUCAGCAUGAGCUGCGAAGUACACUGUUUAACAAAAAUAAGAGGCAGAGAUUAUGUCUUACAGCAUUGUGCAGAUAUGCCAUAGGAAGGCAACAAAGAUUCAUUAUGUUCUCCAUUUUUUAAAUUCAUUAUCUGUAGCCACCAGAUGGCAGUUUGUCUUCAUACUUCUGUCGCAAUUGACCUGUUGGGUUUUAGUGUUUUUUUUUUUUUUUUUUUUGCUGUCAAUGAUUUACACUUCUACAGUUCUGAAUGGAGCCACCAUUCAACCUGUGCUUGCUGUACACACAUCAAGUAUUAAACCUGACUUGGCUGCACUCCUCUCUUAACUUUUUUUUUUUUCUUGAGAUAAGAAUGGCCAUGCUUAUUGAUACGUUACCUUCAGGAAAAUUUCAUUAUAGCUAUAGAUAAAUAUGGCAUUCUUACACCAAAGUCAAACAAAAAAUCCAGGUUUUGCUUCAGCUAACAUCAAAGCAUCGUCUAAUAGCUCUUCCUAUAACUAAAUAAAGCAAAUGUAGUAAAGUAGCUCUAGGGACUGAAACUUCAUUUUUUUCCUUGAAGAAUACAGAGGUGAAUCAGUACUACAGGGAACUGCUAGGAAUUCAGAAUAUUCCUUAUUGACUACAAAAUGAAAUGGCUGUAACAUUUAUCUUUAAGACUACUGUGAUUGUAGGGCAAAUGCACAGGUAACAUGAUAUUGUAAUUACAUCUUGGUUUUUGUGUUUUUAGUUAAUCCUGCUAUCUCAGCCCUUCAAGUAGAAUAGCAAUUUAUAUAUAUAUAUAUACAUCUAUGAACGUUUGAAAGUUAAAAUUCAGGAGGAAGAGCUAAAACCAAACCACUUUCUCUGUGAAGUACCUGCUACAAACAGCAGCAAUUGUUUAACGCGUCUCACUGUCUUGCUCUAAGAUUUUUUAUUAUUGAAGAAGAUGAUAAUGUAAUUCGUCAUGUAUAAUUUAACACUUUUUGAGUAUACAUGCAACCUGCACUGGCAGAUGAAAUUCAGGGCAGAUGGGUGUUGUUCUCUGACUAACUAUUAAACAAACGCACACUCAGUGGCUGCAUGCACCAAAGGAGCCACUUGCAGGCAGUACUGCAGAAGUACUCACGAUCCCCUAGCCUAUGGUGUUAGGCAGUGUCAUUACUUUCCUUAUAGAAUGUACUAGAAAUGAUGAUACGUGCGCUACUUUUCACAGUCCUGAACUAGAGGCUGCCAUGCUUUAAUCUCAGUACUAGUAGCAGGCAGAGCUUUACCUCGCAAUGCACCAGCUGUUGCUCUCUGUAGCAGGGAAUAAGCCAAUAGCAGGGAACAGUUGAGGGCCCCAAACAGUGUUUGACAGAACACUCUACAUGUCCGUUGGUUAUAGGCUUUGCUUGGUGCAUUUUUAAGCCUUCCCUAUGGUAACAGUCCUCUUGUAGUCUUAUGGCCUGUAUUUGAUGAUUACUUGAAUUAGAAAUACAAUUUAACAAUCAGAGUUUGGUAGACAAGUGUUGUGCAAUAGUAAAAUGAGUAAAUACCAUUAUCAAUGGCAUAACUAGGAGGUCCCUUAAAAGGGAGUUACUCAGAGCAAGGAUUAAAUUAAUGAGGCACAAAUUACCAAAAAAGAUCUAAAUCUCUGAACACUUUGGUCUUCCUACACACACACACACACACACACACAUACAGAAUAACACACAGAGCUUCAAUGUCACUGCCUUACCUUGGUUUUUAGUUAAAAUGAUGAUAAUCCACACCUUCCUUCAAGUUCAGCAUAUUCAAGUUUGUUUCGAAUGCUCCUCCUGUCAAAUCCUAUGGGGUGGGGGGGGGGUGGAAAUCAACCAGACAAAUUUAUUUCAGGUUGUAACAGCUUUUGGUAAUUUGUUUUUUUUUUUCAGCCCACAGACAGAAAGUCCAAUUUGCAGAGCUAAACAUAAAUAAAACAAGGCUUAGAAAUGUUUCCAUUCAAAAAUUAAGUUUACGGUAAGAAAUUAGUGUUCAUGUUAGUAUCUUUGGGUGUGUGUAGGGGGAUGUUAGACAACUCAUUCCAAUGCAGUCGAGAACACAGGGAACUACACUGAGAGAGCACUGGAGAUAAACAUCUGCAACUCUGGCAUAUUUUGUUUUCCAAUUUGCAGAGAACGGACCAAGGGAAUGAGGUUGCCAAAACAGUGAUUUUUGUAGAUUUUGAACAAUGAUUAGCCUGGCUGAUGAAACAAACCUUUCAUCAAGCAACUGAAAUACUUUGCGUAGGUAAAGGUAUUUCCUUUUAAGCUGCUGUUGCAUUAGCUGAACAGGAGCCUGGUAGGUUUGCUCCAUGAGUCAUUUUUGAAGGCAGUGAAAUAGACCCUAACACGAAUGUGAUGUCAUUACAAAACAUGUCAACGUCAGCGUUUCUGAGUAUUUCUACAUUGGCCUCCUCUACUGGCUUCCUCCUUAAGUCUGCUCCAGGAAUGUCACAAGAAAUGAAUUAACUAUAGCUGUAGGUAAACAAAUUUACUUCAGUGUUCUUUUGGUUGGUUCAGAGCUGCCAUAUUGAAGUUGUAACAAGGCACACCAGGAAGUUAUGAAAACAGAACCCAACCCAAACUGGAAUUAAAGGAGCUGGAAUGCUGGACUUUGGCAUUCUGGAAUAACUGGAUUCAAAAGAAAUUGCUCAGGGAUCUUUUAUGAACCUGAGAUCAGAAACUAAGGGUUCUAAUGUACAUAGAGGACUUCUUGCAUAUCCAGCUUCCCAGCUUGGCCCCAUCAGCUGAACUGCUUGUAAACAUACUCACGUAGUAGCUGCGUGUUUGUUUCUUGGAAGCCUUCCAUUCAAGGAACAAGGCUAUCUCACCAGUCAGUCCAACUACAAAACAAGCUGACCUGUCCCCUCCAAACUGCUUCAUUGUUUCUCCUGCUUGAAUUUAUACAUGAAAGGAAAUGCUGCAUGAGUAUAUUUCAUAUCUCUUGCUCAACCCAGCAUGCCAUGCCUCAAGAGCAGAGAUUACCUCCCCUCUCUGCUAUGCCGUUCUCAUAUAUCUGCCACAAUCUUCUUUUUGCACUGGUAAUGCCAAAAUAUAUGAAGACAACAUUAUCUGAUCCAGAACAUCAACAAAAACCACCACAGUCAUAAAAUUACUUGAGCUCUGAUGUUUAGUAACAAUUAAAAGAACAGUGAUAAUAGCUAAUGAAUUGUCGAAGAGCAGCGAGGGCCCACAGGAGUAGACUUUUUAAGCAAGGGCCUCACCUAGGUAACGUGUUUCUUAUCUGAUUGAUAAGGCCCUGAGUGGGAAAGAUGUUGAGUACUUUUUUUCUACUUCUUGAAAUUAAGAAUACUUGACAGUAUUUAAGUUCUCUGAAGCACCCGGUCUGAGUUUUGCAAUUCAGUUCAAAUCUCAAACUGCCAUUGGUCCAUGUGCAAAACUCGUGUCAACAGGGAAUUCUAGUUAGAAAUGCAGGCAUUGAUCAUGACCUUUAGUCUCCACUAAUGAUUUCAUAAACCCAAGAUUACCCAAGUUAGCACAUAGGGUAUGGAACAGUUCUGAUUGGCUUGCUGAACAAUCAACCUGCUCUAAAGAAGGGUUAAAAUUAAAAAUGAGCCCAGAUGUGAUAUCAAGCAGGAGAGUUAAAAACAAAUCUUCCAUUCCCAGAGCGCAAGACUGAGUUGACAGAACAAGGCAGGGUUUUAGAAUAACUGGUCUAACAGUGAAUUUACUGAAAACUUUCCACAAUCCAACUAGUUUAAUUACUGAGACAGAAUACUAGAAAAUCCCUUUCAUUUCAAGCACUUGGAAUUCAUGCCAAAACAGGGUACAAUAAGUGAUUUCUAAGCAUUUUGCUUUUACCUCAAAGCAAGAGAAAAUACACAGUGCAAACCCUUAGAUGAAGUGGUACUGCAGGCUGCUACACAAUUCUGACAAGCCAAAGCCACGAUUUUAUGCUCCUGAGCAAAAACUUCAAAACACACACACGCAGUGCACAGACUUCCAGCUUACAGCCUUUGUGAAGCCAUUUUAAAAGCUUUUUUUUAAAACUGAGCAAAAAUCAAACAGAACGACUGCUUUUUCAAAAAUGAUUUUAUGUGGCAACGAAGUAAUGCCAGUGCUAGCAAAGGACUGCCAGAAAAAAUAAAUAAGCAAACACUGCUUCAAGUACAUGGCCAUCAGAGUCAUUUCUUGCAAACAACCCACUUAAUUAAUAAACAUAUCUAAUCGUCGAAAUUACCCUCUUAGCACUGCUUAUAAACAGGCAGGUUUUUGUCUGUACCAAAACUAAAAAUGUGAGUGGCAAAACAAAAAACAAUAAGGCCCCAGAACACUUUCUUCCUCAGAAGGAUGUUGACAACUUUAUAUUGGUAAAUAAUAAUAACUUCAGAAGUCUGCAAUGUUUAGGAACUUGUUAAUGACUUCUGUUUAAGAAAUUGCCUAAGAGGCUGUGCAGCCAGUUCUGCAUUACAGAAACGUCCAGCUGUUCCACACAACAUCGAACCAGUUCCAAGGAGAGCCUCCAGCUAGGUUGCAUGGGUUGCGUUGGCAUCUGUCUGCACAAGAAAUGUCAUUUUCACUGUUUGUUUUUUUUUGGUAUGCUUGCUGCAUGACCUGAAACAGAGCUGGGUAAACUUACUUACCCUAGAUAGUUUGAAAAUACAAACUGUAACCUCGCAAACACAUGAAUUGUUUUUCCCCACGUGGUACACACAAGGAUAGCAGCCUUUUUGCAGAGGAAUUUUAGGUUUCUGAUUGUGGUAAUGUCUUUCGCAUCAUCUUGGGACUUUAACUCAUAACAGCAACUUCUUUUUUUUGCACAGUUCCAUGUGAUAAAUCUCAGUGAAUUGCACCAGAGAGGCAGAAACAGCUAUCACAAAGUAUAAAACGUUUUUCAUUUUAUGCAGUCUUAAUAUUUAUGUACAUAGCCCCCAUCCUACUUUUUUCUGUGCUCCCAAUUAGAAAAAAGCAUGCUGGAAGGGGAAGUGUAGGAGUGGUGAUUAAAGAAAAGAACUGGAAGUUUUGGUUUUAGCUGUUCCUUCAGAAGUAGGCUGCACAGAAAGCAAGGCAAGUUCAGUCUAUAAACACAGCAAGGACUAACCCGCGGCGUUAUACUUGGCCUGCACAAUGGCAACGCAGAUGAAUGAAAGUUCAAUACUCUGCUCUUCUCAGCCCGUUUAGAAACCAUUUCCUUUAGUGGUAAGACCUAGAAGUUUGAAAGCUGCUACAGACAGGAUAUCUGAAUAUUUUAAACCACAGACAUUUAUCAGCAUGUUUUGUUUUGGUAGAAGACUACUUUCCAUGACAAAACUAGAACUGAAAAGUGUGGCAAUUUCAAUCCAGGCACAACCUUGCAAGUACUAAGAAUAGGGUUUUGGGGAUUCUGCCUGCCUCCACAAAGACUCAUAAUAGUAAUAAAAUACAGCAAGUAUGACAGUGGCUGAAAGAGGUUGCCAGAACUCUUCAUCAAGAUCAACUGCACAGCCCAAUGGUAGCAAUAGGGAGGGUUCAGCAAACUUGAUUCUGGAGGGGGGGCUCAGAACAGUGCUGCUUGCUUCAUUAGACCCUCUAAGUCCUUUUCUCUCUUUACUGGGUUUUACACUUCCUACACUUUGUUGCAGAUAUCUAUUUUUUUUAUUUAUUUUUAUUUUUAUUUUUUUAUUUUUUUUAUUUCUUUCUAACAUUGUGGUUUCUCAUGUGAUAACAGUUAAAGAAAUACUUGGUUUCAGCUCUUUGUUUUGUUAAUAAAGUCUUUGUCCUUCUAAUAA